UCCAUAACAACAAACUCAAAUUUUCAAUCAAACGCAUUUUGUUAUUAAAAGGUUGUAACACCUUUGUUUUCCUUUGGUGUAAUCUUGAACACCCUUUUCAACAUUUUUUUUCAUUUAUUAUUUAUUUUUUGUUAAAAAAUGAAAAUGGCAAGGAUCAUAUUUGUGACCCUUUUGUUUUUCAACUUUGUCAUUGUUCCUUCAAUAGCUUUUCCUGCUGGAUAUGGUUUAGAUUUACCAAAUCCAGGUAAUCAAGGUAAUAAUAAUAACAAUAAUGAUCAACCAAAGGAAACACCAAAUAAUGAUGUUGUUAGUAAUAAUAUUGCUAAUCUUAAGCAAGGAUUUUAUAGCGGUAGUUGCCCCAACGCGGAGAAAAUUGUGGCGGAUGCUCUUGCCGAGAUUCUUAAAACGAAUCCAUAUGCAGUGGCUAACCUCCUUCGUCUUCAAUUUCAUGAUUGCUUCGUUGUUGGAUGUGAUGCAUCAAUCUUGCUAGACUACUCACCAACAGGAGAACAAGUAGAAAAAAGUUCAUUUUUCAAUGGUCAACUUCUCAAAGGAGCUGAUAUAGUUGAUGAUAUAAAAGCAAAACUAGAAGAACAAUGUCCAGGAGUAGUAUCAUGCUCAGAUACAUUAGCAUUCGCAAUCAACGAAGGAAUGGCCCUUGCAGGUUUACCUCGUAGAGUGCCUCUUGGCGGUCGUAGAGAUUCCGUCUAUUCCCUUGCAUCCGUCGUGGAAGCCAACAACCUUCCAAUGCCUAGUUGGCCGAUCGAAAGAAUGGUUGAGCUCUUUACCAGAAAAGGUUUCACAAUUGAAGAAAUGGUUAUUUUAAUUGGUGCACAUUCAGUUGGUUCAGUUCAUUGCGAUAUUUUUAUGGAAAGAAUUUACAAUUUCGCAAACACAAGAAAACCUGACCCUACAUUACCGGGUCCAGUGAUUACUGAGUUCCAACAAGUAUGUGCAAAUGCCGGGACACCUCAAUUUAGAAACCCGCCAGUGAAUUUCGAUGAGACACCGGCGGUGCUUGAUAACUUGUUUUUCAAGAAUAUGGUAUUUAGAAACAAGACAACUAUGCUUACAGAUUCUCAUUUGAUUAAUGAUCCUAGAACAAUUCCUAUUGUUCAACAGAUGGCCAAUCAAGAUGGUUUGUGGCAACAAAGGUUUCCUGAGGUUAUGGAUAAAAUGAGUGCUAUGAAUGUUCUUACCGGAAAUAAUGGUGAAGUGAGAAAGACUUGUAGGUCCACUAAUUAAUUUAUUAUUAAUUAAUUAAAUGUUUAUUCUUCAUUAAACUUUCUGUGAAACAAUUCUUCAUUAAACUGUGCAUAUGAAAAUUGUAUUGAUAUUUAACUCAAUAUUUUUUUUAUAUGUUAUGGUAUAUAAUUAAUAAUGACUCAUGGUUUCUUGUUUAGUUGUUCUCUGAAAUUCAGUUUUCUAUUGUUUACAUCAAGUAAUAUAGAUCAAAUUUUUUAAACUCA